AAAAAUAUAAAUAACUAUUAAUGAGGGUUUAUGCCAACAACAACACAGUAGAACCAGGCUCAUUGCAAUUGAUUCGGUUCUUUGCACAAGCUUUCCAUACCUAUCGCAUUGAUCACAAUAAUACAAAAUGUUACAAGUCAAUUUUCUUGGUUGCUUUCCGAUGAUUUAUCACAAAACUAGCACAGACCUUAAUGCUUUAUGCAGGAACAGCCAUAUUCAACACGCUCUAACCAUUUUACAUCCAGAGGAUAAACCUAACUUGGGUUUUCACAGCGAUAAAUAUGCAACGCUCAUUCAAGAUUGUGCAAAUAGAAAGGCACUGGAACAAGACUGAUGGAUGCGCGCAAAAUGUUUGACAAAAUGCGUGAACGUAGUUAUAAUACGCCUGUGUGGAAUGCCAUGAUGAGAGGAUAUGCAAUGUAUGGAGACUGUGAAGAAGCAGUUAAGCUGUAUUACCAAAUGCAACAGUAUUUCAUAAAGCCGGAUAGCUACACAUUUUCCUGCGUUCUCAAGGCUUGUGCUGGAAUAGAAGCUCUGGAAGAGGGUAAGUAUAUACAUGAAUGUUUGAGAAGAAAUGGGUUUGAAUCCAUUGUUUAUGUGGGGAAUGCUCUUGUUUCUAUGUAUGCCAAAUGUGGGAGUUUGGAUGACGCACGUCAUGUGUUUGACAAAAUGUCAGAGAGAGAUGUGGUGUCCUGGAAUGCGAUGAUUGCAGGCUGUGUUCAAAAUGGCUAUUUCGACGAGGCUCUCAAGUUGUUUAGGCAAAUGCAAAUUCAAAGGAUGAAACCGGAUGCUGCGAGUAUUUUGAGUGUUCUCCCAGGUUUGAAUCUGCGAUUGGGUAGGGAGAUUCACAAUUACAUUAUUACAAAUAGUUUGGAGUCAAGUGUUGUGUGUAAUUCCCUCGUUGCCAUGUACGCCAGGUGCGGAUGUAUAGAGGAUGCAGUCCGGGUGUUUGACAGGCUCUGUCAGAAGACCGUUGCUUCCUGGAAUGCAAUAAUUACAGGCUGUGUUCAGAAUAGAAAGCCUAACAAAGGCAUGAGUUUGUUUCGCCAAAUGUUAGUCACGCAAAUGAAACCUGACCAAAUAAGUGUUCUUGGUGUUGUCCAGCUGUGUGCCAGCAUAGGACUGCUGAAACAGGGGAAGGAGGUGCAUAACUAUAUGAUAAAGGGCGAGAUUGAUUCACAUGUCAUCGUGCAGAGUGCCCUUGUAGAUAUGUAUGUCAAAUGUGGAAGUAUGGAAGGUGCACGCCAAGUGUUUGACAAAAUAGUACAAAAAGAUAUUAUCUUGUGGACUUCAAUAAUUGCAGGCUAUGCUCAGAAUGGGUAUGCAGAUCAAGCAUUAAAACUUUUCCAUCAAAUGCUGUCAGGCAUGAAACCUGAUGCUGUUACCAUUACAAGUGUUCUUCCAGCAUGCGCUCACUUAGCAGUUCUGCAACGGGGUAAGGAGAUCCAUGGUUACAUAACUAGGAAUGGAUUUCAGUCAAAUGACCAUGUAGUUAGUGCUCUUGUACACAUGUAUGGUAAAUGUGGAAACAUAAAGGAUGCACGCCUAGUGUUUGACAACAUGCCUCAUAAGGAUGUAACCUUGUGGACGGCAAUGAUUGCAGGCUAUGCCAUGCAUGGAUAUGGACAUGAAGCCCUCACACUGUUUCAUCAAAUGCAAGGAACUUGCAUAAAGCCAGAUUAUAUCACCUUCAUUGCCAUUUUAUCUGCAUGCAAUCACGCAGGCCUUGUGGGUGAAGGUUGGAAAUACUUUGAUUGCAUGAGUAGAGAUAAUAACAUUCAACCCUCUCUGGAACACUAUGCCUGCAUGGUUGACCUUCUUGGAAGAGCAGGUCAUCUGAAUGAUGCGUAUGAUUUUGUCAAAAACAUGCCACUGAAACCAAAUGUUAGUAUAUGGGGAGCCUUGCUGGGUGCAUGCAGAAGUCACAAAAAUAUAGAAUUAGGAAAACAUGUGGCAGAGCACCUGUUUGAGUUAGAACCUGAAAAUAGUUCAAAUUAUGUAUUGAUGUCAAAUAUAUAUGCUGCAACUGGAAAUUUGGAAGAGAAAGAAAAGAUUAGAAAUGUGUUGAAAGAUAGGGGUUUAGGAAAGAAACCUGGUUGCAGCUGGAUAGAAAUCAAGAAUAAGAUAUAUACAUUCCAUGUAGGUGACAGGUUUCAUUCACAAAUGGGAGAGUUUUUACUUAGCUAAAAAGCUUGGCUGGACAGAUGAUGGACAAAAGGUAUAUUCCCGACUUGAAAUUUGUUUUGUUUGAUGUCGAGGAGAAAGGAAGUGUCCUCUAUGGCCACAGUGAAAAGCAUGCAAUUGCUUUUGGGAUCAUGAGCACGUCGUUGGACAACUAGGACAUCACAAGAAAAAAAACAUUUGUCAUGUGAUGAUUUGCACAACAUUGCUGCCAAAUAUAUCUCCACAAUUGCUAUGUCAGAAUCAACUGAGAGAUGAUUAUGUUUUCCCCAUGUCAGAUGGUGCUCUUGUGGAAAUUACUGGAGAUGCUAACAGAGACAGAGGAUGAAACUGGACUGAUAGCUAGGUAUCUAGCGACCUUUAGCUGCAGUGUAUAUUAGGCAACCAAGUUGAUAUAUACAACAAACCCUUCAACUUCUGAUUUUUUAAUUUUUCGUUGAAGAGUUUGAGUGGAGCGAACUAUUGUUAUCAACCAUGUAUUGAAGCCAUUUUUGCCUUAUUCCCUGCCAAAGGCCAAGGUCUGACAAAUAUCUAUUCCACCAGAAUAGCUUAGAGUUUGCAAAUUGUUUUCACCCUUCCAAGACUGGGUGGUCUUUUUGUAGGCACUAUUGGUGACGUUAACAGAAAUAGAGGAUCAAAUUGGGCUGGUAGCUAAAUACUCAGCAAAAGGUGCUGAUAGAAAGAGGAUUAAACUGGUUUGGUAACUA